AGUUUGGUUAAUAUAUGACGCUAAUUUUACGUAUGUUAUGUUGUUUGGCUCCACGAAAUAGUUAAUUAUAGUGGAAAUUUACGUGUUACUGAUAUUGUCUGAAACAGAGAAUAUUUUAACCCUAGUUACGUAUAUUUACUAGUUUUUAAAGUACAUAAUGCCGUAUGCUAAUCAGCCGUCUGUUCAUAUAACAGAAUUAACUGACGAUAAUGUAAAAUUUGUAGUUGAAGACACGGAAUUAAGUGUUGCAAAUAGUAUGCGUCGUGUAUUUAUUGCAGAAACACCCACCAUGGCUAUAGAUUGGGUACAACUAGAAGCAAACUCCACAGUUCUUAGCGAUGAAUUCCUUGCACAUCGUAUAGGGCUUAUACCUCUUAUAUCGGACGAUGUAGUCGACAAAAUCCGCUAUUCCAGAGAUUGUAUGUGUGCCGAUUUCUGCACGGAGUGUAGUGUUGAGUUUACUUUGGAUGUUAAAUGCACCGGUGAUCAAACAAGACAUGUUACUACUGCUGACUUAAAAUCAAGUGAUCCGAGAGUAGUGCCUGUCACAUCACGUCAUAGGGAUGAAGACCAAGCAGAUUAUGGAGAGCUUGAUGAAAUUUUAAUCAUUAAAUUACGAAAAGGACAAGAGUUAAAAUUACGUGCUUAUGCUAAAAAAGGUUUCGGUAAAGAACAUGCAAAAUGGAAUCCAACCGCUGGAGUUUCCUUCGAAUAUGAUCCUGAUAAUGUUAUGAAGCAUACUUUAUACCCGAGACCAGAUGAAUGGCCUAAGAGUGAGCACACUGAGCUUGAUGAAGAUCAAUAUGAGGCAGAAUUUAACUGGGAGGCUAAGCCCAAUAAGUUCUUCUAUAAUGUAGAAUCUUCAGGUGCAUUAAAACCAGAAAAUAUAGUUCUCAUGGGUAUUGUAGUCUUAAAAAAUAAACUAUUGAAUUUACAAGUUCAAUUGGCACAAGAAACUCAAAAUGAUGCUUUAGCAAUUAACUAGUUUUAAAUAAAUAAUUAAAGUAAGAAAAUAUAUUCAUAA